CCAAUACUCCUUUUGGAUGAAAAGUCAAAUUAACACAUUAUUGUGUAGGGUUAGAAUUAUACAAAUCAACCAAUAUUCGUUUUAGGAAAAUAUAAACGAAAAUGAGUCGUUUGAGCGAGUUCUGGGUGCAUAAAAUAGCAUCAACCUGCGCAUGUUUGAGCGUCAUACGUGUCCCAACUCUCUAGUUUCAUGUUGCCAACGAUACUUCAAGAUGACAGCUGGGCAUUUGUUUUUUCAAUGUUAAUAUAAUCAUGGAAAUAAUAUUUCAAUGAAAUAUUCGACAAAUGGAAGAUCAAACAAGUGGUGAGGCAGUUGCUACCCAAUUGGCUGAUUUUAAAAUGACAGCAAGGACCUAUUACACUCUAGCCGUGGAGAAAGUGAGAGAUGUUGUGUCAUCCCUUCCUGAUGACGUAAGGCCAGGUCCUGACCUGUAUGGACUUCCAUGGGAAGCUGUCAUAAUCACUAUGUUACUGGGGUUGGGCACCCUCCUAUUGUUCACCUGCAGGUUCUACCAAUGUAUAAAGAGCAGACUAUAUUCUGGCAAAGAGAGGCGGAUGGGCCUGAAGGUGGCUCAACUAUUAGAUGAAAAGUGCAAAGUACUUAAGACUUUGAGUGAGGUUCAACAAAAAUAUGAAAAACUGGAAUCUGCCCUGCGGAAUAGUGGCGUUUUGGCUCACGCCGCAGAGAGGGAGAAUCUGGAGGUGAUGUUCCAGAGGCUGAAACAGUCAAAUACACAGCUUGGAGAUGAUAUAGAAAGGUUAAAGGAGGACCUACAUAUCCAGAGAGCGAGGAGGUUGCAGCAGGAGAAGACGAUUGCAGAUAUGCAGGAAACCUUGAAGACUGUAGAAGAAGAAACCAGGGACCUCAAGUCCCAGACAGAACAGGCACAGACAACCCUAAAAAUAUAUGACAUGAACAGUGAGAGGAAUCAGAAUAAUCUGGAGGCAGCAAAAGAAGAGAAGGCCUUGCUCCAGGAGAAAAAUGCACAGCUGGUCCAGGAAGCAGAGGACUGGGGGGAGCGGAUGAGUGAACUGGAGGAGGAGAUGAGGAUGUGUGAGAGCUCCUACACUGGAAUGGUGCAGGAUGCUGCCACCAAAGACGAGAGCAUCAAGUCCCUGACAGACUGCCUGUUGAAGAUAAAGGACUGGGACUCAGUGCUGGAGGACGGAGCCAACGGAGAGGAGAGAAAUGGGACACGAGGGCUGGAAAAUAGAGAGGGGCCAGAUAACCAUCAACGACAAAGAAUACAGAAACUCAUUCAUGCAGCCAAGAUGAAUGCAGACUUGAAGUCGGUGGAUGAAGACAAGGACAGGGUGUUUGCCAAGCUAGCAGAUGAAGUCAAGGCCAUGGAGGAUCUCCAAGAGGGGAUUAAGAAACUUGAGAAUGAGAAGGACUCUCUGCAGACCGAGAGUGAGAAGUACACGGGCCAGGUGCAGAAACUACAACAGAAACUGCAGAUCAUGACAGAGAUGUACCAGGAGAAUGAGCUCAAACUACACAGGAUGCUGACGGUGGAGGAGAGGGAGCGUCUGCAGAAGGAGGAAAAGCUGACCAAGGCUGACAGGAGUAUCAGCCUGGCCGUGGAGGAGCUCAGCAGCUACAGGCAAAGAGCACAAGACCUGGAAGAUGAGCUGGAGAAGACCAACCAGGCCUACAAGAUCCAGAUAACCUCCCAGGAAAAGAAGGCACACAAUAACUGGCUAGCAGCACGAGCUGCUGACCGUGACCUGGCUGACAUUAAAAGAGAGAAUGCACACCUCAGGCAAAAAUUGACUGAUACUCAGUUCAAGCUAGAUCUGGUGGAGAAAGACCCCUAUGCUCUGGACAACAUGGGCAGACCUCCAUUCAGAGGUGAAAGGUCACCGUAUGGCCCCUCCCCCCUGGGUCACCCUGCCUCCGAGAACAGAACCUUCCUGUCUCCGCCCACCCUGAUGGAUGGCCCGCCACACCUCUCUCCAAACUUCCCUCCCAUGGCACCGGGAGGCAGAGUAUCCCGAGGCCUAGUAGAUCCCACCGGUGGGGUGGACUCUGAUCGGAGUGGUGGUCCUCACUCUGACAGUGGCUCGCUAUCUCCCACCUGGGAGAGGGAUCGCAGGGGCCCACCUAUACCCCCUCCAGGGUAUAUGUAUCCAGACCCAGGCCUUCUCUACAGGAGACCCCUGCCUGGAGCCUUUCCCCUUGGGCCUAUGGGCCCCCCCCCACCCAGAGGCCCCGGUCCUGUUGAGCCCCACAACUUUGGGCCCCACCCUGGAGAUCAAUCUGACUCAACAUUAAUGGAAAACCGCAUGGGCCCUGGUGAAAAUGAAAGGGAUUCCCACAUGUCAGCACCUGGAGAUCUGAGGAUGGGUCCUCCUCCCUUAGGACCCCCUGGUAUGGCCCCUCCCCCCAUGGACCCUUACUUUGUACGCAGAGGCCCCCCAGGCCCUUACGGACCCCCAGACUUCUUCCCCCCACGAGGUCCAGCAGGGCCACCCAUAGGCAUGCGAGGACCACCUCCCCCGGGAAUGUUUGGGCGAUUUCCACCUCUGCUGCAUAUGGGCUAUGCUCCCAUGAGGCCUCACCCAGACAGUUUUCCCCCUGGACCCCCUCCAAGGCCCUCCCCACCAGGCAGCGAACAGCCUCCUGACCAGUCACCUUCUCCACACGAUGUCAUCUGA